GCUCAUCUCUAGUUCGAACUUCAAUAUACAUAGUCAUAUAGUACUAUAACAAAAGUGAAAAAGCUUGUUAAAACCGAUAAAAGAGUAAAAUAACGAAGAAAAUGAACUUUACAACAGGUGCACCUGUUUCUGAAUUAUUAUCAUUGGAUCAUAUUCGAAAUCAACUUAUAAGACUUGAAGAUACUAUCAUAUUCCUCCUCAUUGAAAGAGCUCAAUUCGCUCAUAAUGAAAAAAUCUAUAAACCGGGUGCAUUCCGACCUGAAUUAGAAUUUGACGGUAGUUGGUUGCAAUGGUUUUUAUUUGAGAUUGAGAGUUUUCACGCCAAAGCUAGGAGAUACACCAGUCCCGACGAACACCCUUUCACACCUCUCAACUUUCUACCAAAACCUAUAAUAGCUCCUCAAUCAUACCCUUCUUUACUACACCGACCAGCGGCUACUCAUCCGAGCGUCAAUGUCAAUUCCCGUAUUUUGGAAUUUUACGUGAAUAAAAUUUCACCCGGGAUUUGUGCUCCUGGUGAUGAUGGGAAUUAUGGGAGUGCAGCUACUAGGGAUGUUGAGGUGCUACAGGCUUUGAGUAGGAGGAUACAUUUUGGAAUGUUCGUAUCCGAAUCUAAAUUCCUUGACGCGCCACACGAUUUCAUCCCUCACAUCCUCUCCACUCCACCUAACACCCAAGCCCUUGCGGAUUUAAUCACCAAACCCGCCGUCGAAGCGAAACUCCUCGUCCGAUUAGCCAACAAAGCUAGAGUGUACGGAGGUGAAAUGGACGCGGAUGGAAGAGUGGUAGAAUCUUCUGAUCGUAAAGGUAAGAUUGACAUGGAACAGGUGGUAAGUAUGUACAGGGAUUAUGUCAUCCCUUUGACUAAAGAUGUCGAAGUGGAUUAUCUCUUACAUCGUUUAGAUGGUGUAUCACAAGAACAAGUGGAACUUUGGAUGAAAGGACGUUAA